UGCUACGUGUUAUCGUCGUUGAUACAGUUAUUAUCGCUGUUUACUUUUGUCAACUCAGUUUGUUUGGUUUGUCAUCGUGAAUGCGUCGAUCAACGACCAGUAGUGAUAACGAUCACAGUAAAUCUGAUAAAGAGUCUGAAGACACUAUGCAGUACGUGAAUUAUUCGCGUGCCCGAUCCCGGGAUAAGCUGGGUCACCAAGGGCUCACUCGACAGUGUAAAAUGGCAGCCAGUAGCUGCUUAAGAAAUCUUUUCCGUUUACGUAUUGUCAAGGUUCUUGUUUUAGUCGUUUUCCUGGGUAGUGUAGUGUAUAUGUUUCAUGAGCUUACAUCAACUCUUUCCAAUUCGAGUCGUCAGAAUAUUGUGAACACUCGCGACGAUAAUGUUGACGCCGCUGUUAAAAAUUACAAAGGUAAAAUCGGAGAAAGUUUGAAGGACGAUUUGAAACAAAAUAUACCAGUUGUUGAUAAAGGACAACAACAACUUUCUAAGCAAAUUGUUGAACCACCACAACACAAUGCUGCUCAAAAUGACGGUGGUUCUCGACAGCAGCCAGCUAUGCCUCAAGCACCGGAUGCUCAAAAUCUGCAAUUUCAACGUGCAGCAGACCCACCAGUGCAGCAACAACAGAAGCAGCCACAGCUGCAACAACAUCAGAAAAUUCAGAAUCAGGUGAAGCAAAAUAUAGCAGAAGCACGUGAUCACCAGAAGCAGCUUGAUGCUAUCAAGCAGCAACAUAAACUGCAGAAAAAUGCUGCUGUUGAACAGCAGGCUCAACUUAAUGUCAUUAAGCAAGAACCAAACGUGGUGCAGCAAAACAUACAACAGGUUCAACCUAAUGUGAUGAAGCAGGAUCCUUUGCUGCAGUCCCACAAUGCUGCUGUUCCUCUUCAUGCAGGCCAGAACCAGCAACAAGCCCAAGCUGGUUACAAGCAGGAGCCUUUACUGUUGAAGGAUGUACAGCAACAACAGGUUGUACAAGAGCAAGCAGUACAACAGCAGCCAAAACCACCUGUUCCAGUGCUGCAACAACAGCAGCCAAAACCACCUGUUCCAGUGCAACAACAACAACAACAGCAAAAACAACCACCUGUUCCAGUGCAGCAACAGCAACAACCCCAAGUUCCAGUGCAGCAACAGCAACAACCCCAAGUUCCAGUGCAGCAACAGCAACAACCACCCGUUCCAGUGCAGCAACAGCAACAACCCCAAGUUCCAGUGCAGCAACAACAACCACCCGUUCCAGUGCAGCAACAACAACCACCCGUUCCAGUGCAGCAACAGCCUGUUGUGGAUCAACAACAAGUAAUGCAGUCGUAUGAUAAAAAAUCAAAACCAGAGUUUGACCACACUGUCAUAAUGACACUCACCAAUGCUGCAACACAACCUGUACUGCGUGAAAAAUUCCGAGUGACUCUGAGUUCACUAUUGCAGCACUCCUCCAUCAACAUUAAUUUCUACAUAACAACAGAUAAAGCUAGUGAGCAGUUCAUCACUACUAUUGUUCAGGAAAUUGUCAAAAAAGUACAGCCCAAAGUCAAAUUUCAGGUGACUUACCUUAAUGCAGAAGAGUUGACUCAGACGUUGAUAGAUCAUGUCAAAAUGCUUCAAGAGCAUAUCAGUACUGGCAAGCACAAAUAUUACAUGGAAGCUAUCUUCUUUCUGUCAGUUGCAUUGCAUAAAAAUAUUCUACCUAGUGAAGUCAAGAAGCUCAUUAUGAUAGAUUCUGAUCUUAAAUUCCGUACAGAUAUCAAAAAACUUUUCCAGCAUUUUGACAACUUUGAGACAGGUAAUGUUAUAGGUAUUGCGCAUGAACAACAACCUGUAUACAGGCAUACAUUUUCACUCUAUAGAUCACAGAAUCCAGGAACAUUGGUUGGUGAUCCACCUCCAAAUGGAUUGUCUGGAUUCAAUAGUGGUGUAAUGUUAUUAGAUUUAGAACGUAUGCAAAGUAGCAUAUCGUAUAAUGCUUUUUUGGACGUGGAUGUUGUGCGUGCAUUAUCUGACAAAUAUUCCUUCAAGGGUCAUCUAGGUGACCAGGACUUUUUCACUCUUAUUAGUUUAGAAAAUAAGAAUCUUUUUUAUGUUCUGCCAUGUACAUGGAAUCGUCAGCUGUGCACAUGGUGGAAAGAUAAGGGAUAUGAAGGUGUCUUUGAUUUGUACUUUAGCUGUCCUGGUGAAAUUAACAUUUACCAUGGUAACUGUAACACGCCCAUUCCUGAUUCCUAAAACUGCUGCCAAUUCCCAUGUUUCUCUUUCCCUUCAGUCUCGAAUACCCUGUAUUUCUCUGCAUCAUAGUAUAUUUAGUCACCUAAUUUUGAACCAUUUAGUGGAAACUUCAUUGGUAAAAAUUACCUUCUAGUGGCUCAUAAUAUGAGUGAACUUUAGCUGUCCUGGUGAAAUUAACAUUUACCAUGGUAACUGUAAC